AUGCCACGCCGACUGCCUCCCGAAGAGCGAUCAAGCCCCACGUCGGCUGAUGUACCAGCGGAAAGAGCUCGCGAGGUGCUCCAGGCCCUGACUGAAGUCGUGGUGGAGGCUCAGAAGCGGGGUCUCCCGCUGUCCGAGGCCUACGUGCACUUUGACCAGCGCGAUGAAGGGGUCGUGAGCGUCGACGACUUGAUGCAGGCGGUGGUGGAGUUGCGGCUGUGUCCAAGCAGCGAUCUCUGGACCGAACAGGACGCCGAAGAUUGCAUCGCGGUCUUGUCUCGAGGCAAGUCGAGGGCCUAUUUCACCCGAGAAGACUUCAGAGAACACCUCCAGCACUUGCAGGAACAAGCCACCGCUGCUUCUCAUUCUCUAGCAGACCACAAACACUCGCAGUUGCGCGUGACGUUGCCCGAAUGGGCCCACGCACGAAGCAAGCGCGCGCUCAAAGAACUGGAAGCGAAGAGACGAGUCCGGACACAACCUCAGCCACCACUUACGCUGAGCUCCACGCCGAAUUUCAACUCGAAUAGCUCGCUCUCCGAGUCGACGCUUGACAGCCACAGCAGCAACAACGAGGUGCUCCAUGACGACGACAACAACGAGCCUGCUCCAAGCUCCGCGGCAGUUCCACAGCUUCACUUGGGCAAGAAGAAACAAUCAAUGAAGACUGGCGAGAACGCGGACGAUCUGCUUGAGUUCCCAGUCUCCGAUCGGUGGAAGGCCUUCAAUGUGGAUGCAGACACCGCCAUCUCGUACGGAAUUCUCUCACUUGACACGAUGCGACUGUCACCAUCAAGAACCAAGACGACGACGGAAUGGACACCUCCGUCCCAGACAUCAGCUGAGACCACGGCCGAAGAGGAGGCGUCGGGGCGUCCAAACAUGACUGCGUUUCGACUGACGGUGUUUCUCGACGCCUUCCAGCGGCUUGAAACGCUAGAGGCCUUCUUCCAUCCACUGCUCGUCCACUUCCCGAGAGGUAAAAUAUUGCUCUGUGGAUUCCCGACAUGCUCGAAACGAGGCGUAACGUGGCACAACGCGCGCUUUGCUGCUGUCUACGCCAGACUGCUUGAGCACGUCAUGACACGCUCGCGAGAGUGGUUAGUGCAGCCGAAGCUGGGCAUCGGUGCAGUCCCUCAGUACCUUGUUGGGUUCGGCACAGGCGGCAGCGCUGCACUUCAGCUGCUCGGUAUGGAGCUGCCCCUCCAGCAGGUGAAGGGCGAUGGCGGCGGUGCACUCGGACUGUUUGCUCGCUCGCUUCGCGGUGCUGUGGUUGUCAACACUCUGGCGAGCGUCACGGAAGUAGAGCGUAAGACUCUGCGCUCUCUCCAGAAGCUACUGGAUGCCAGCCGCCAGUCUGGAACAGCCACGAACUGUGGCGAAGCUGUUGAGCUCCAUGAAGCACUAGCGUCGGCGCUCUUCAGCGAGCACUACCUGACACAGGUAGCCUCCAGCAGAUCAGCUGCUCUUGAAACCUUCUUUCGCUCACGUUGUGGCAAAACGGGUCAGCUGCUCGGGGUCCUACUGCGCGGUGCCGUGAAGAAUCGAGACAUUGCUGCAGCGAUUUCCAAUCUGGCCAUGGGGGUCCCUGCACCCUUCGCACUGAUCGUCGUCCACGGAUCUCAGAACGCACUGUUCACCCCACAACAAGUGGAGCUGCUCACUGGAGAUGUGGGUCUCUUGGCGUCCUCGACUGGGUUCUCGAUGGUGAAAAAUGUAGCUGAAGCCUUGGUUCUUGGCAGCGGUUUGGGCGUUGAGCCUAAUGACGAUUCUCUGCGCCUACACGUCGCGUGGCUUAAAGGGGGCCACGAGCUGUUGCAGGAGCGCCCUUCAUUCUUCCUCGACUUGUUCAGACAGCUUGCAACUGCACCGUCGCCAGAAGCUCACUCAAGCUUGCGGGACCGCGUCGCUGAGUUGCUCUCAACGCGUGGCCUGCCUUGGAUUCAGCAGGAGCUUUACGAUCGCGGCAUUGAAGGCGCAGGUUCUACCCAACUCAUCCUUGAGCGAUACGAGCGCGUUCUGGCCGAGGAGGAACAAGUCGCGCGGCGUCACGAGCGCGAGAUCCAGCGUAUCCAAGCCAAACACGCCGAGAUCGAGGCUCAACGCCAAGCCAAAGAGGAUGAAGCUCGGGAGCGCGAAGAGCGAGCGACUGAAGCUCGACGAUCCAUCCUCAGACGCGAGCGCGAGACUCAGCAACGGUUCUUCGAGGAGAUGGAGACCAAGAAGCUCGAGAACGCCCUCAGACUACAUGAGAACGAGAAUAUGAUGCUGGAGGAUUUCCGGUCGCGGAAGGUGGAGGACAUGCUCCUGAGCGACCAAGAGCGCAGCCAACGCAACCGAGCCGUAGUUCGUCAAAUGGGCGAGCUGGAGGCCGAACGGCAAGAGCGCGCGAGGCGAGCGACUCAGGUCGAGCUGCAAGGGCUUCGUCUGGAGGAGCAAAAGGCGCAACGAGAGGCGCUCAAAGCCUUCCAACGCGAGUUCGAGCUGAAGGAGUUGGUGUCGAGCCCCGUGGAGUCUUACUGGCUGGAUGCUCCUCCCGUCUACGAGCGGUUCGACGACGUGUCUAGCGGCGCCCGAGUAUUAGCCGCAGAUCUCGCCCAUUUCUACGAGAUCAAGGCGCUUCAGAUGCGCGAGUCGGCCGAGAAACGCACCGAACUGGAGGCGCUCCAACGCGGGCCUCUUGCUGCUAAGGAGCUCCAGGUUCGUAACCUGGAACGCGUGGUAGCCAAAGCGCAGAACACUGGCAUGAUCGCCAAGGCUGGCAUGGGCACCGUCCGCAUUGUACCAAUCACUUCAGCUGAGAUGAACGCACUUGGUCUGGACCUGGACACUGCGCGUGAUGAACUGGAGCGACUGCAGAGCGAUGCAGGCUUGCGUCGCAAGGAUCUGGCGUGGAAGGACCAGCUUCUCCAGCGACUUAGCGUGAUCAUCCAGCGCAACGAGCGCUUCCGUGAGGAAGUCUUGGUAAAGCUGAACACUUGUGCUGACUUGGGUAAUGAGCGCGUGCUGUCCCUACGGGAGGACAACGAAGCGCUCGAAUUCAAACUCGAGUCACUAGCCGAGCUUCGCAAGAAGCUUCACCAGCGCCAAACAGCAGUGCGAGGUGAGUGUGAGCGCGCUCGAGCUGCCCCUACCGCCUUCUUCGACACGAGCCUGCGCGUUGUGGGGGCCCUGCAGCGGGUUCAACGCACAAUCAUCAUCAAAGAACUCACAGCGGAAGGCGAAGCGCUUACCACGAGAAUCAAAGCCCUAGACGAGCAGGAGACAGCCGCGAAGCGAGCACUGGAGCGGAGUAAGGCCACGUUGGAGGAGCAAGAUGUCGCUGAAAGCGUGAGGCAGAAAAAGCACGCAGAUCGAUCGCCCGAGGAAAAACGCUGGGUAACGCUGGACUUCCUCCUCAACUUCGCGCACUACUACAAGCACGUGGCACCGGAAGAAGUCGAGAUCAUCCAAAAGAGCGCCGACUACCAGCAGAAGAGCGACAAGAAGUUGACAGUCGAGCAGCUCCAGCGGUUGAUACAGCUUCCAGCGCGCAACUGCCUCGCGUUCGCGUUCCUCAAGUCACCCGAAGAAAUGGAGGCCCACUACCUGCUGCGCAAGUACUCUUUCGGAGACGGAGAAGAGUACUUCGCGCAGCUUGACCAUGAUUUCGAAGCUCCUAGCGGUAUCGCCGCUCCGCAUGCGCCUCUAUCACCCAAUCUCGAGAACAUGCUGUCGGUGCUUCAGCGGAUAGCGGACUCGCCACCAUCGCGCCAUCGACGGUGUCCACGCGCCCGAGCUGCGCUGCUGGACGAUAAAAUGCCGUCUCUCACUCUGCUCCACGUGCCACAGACCCAGCUCUUCCCGCAUAAAAGCACGACGCACAGCUUCCAGCUGCCGAAAGAGGCCGAAGGUGUCGCUGUGCUCUCGCUCACAGUCUCUAUCGUGUUCCAGGGGCAUUUCAAGUCGGUCGGGUACCAAAACGGCCGGCUAGCUGGCAUGCUGUACAUGCUUCCUCCAGUCACAGACCCAACCACGCUGCAGCAGAAGUUCCAAGCCCCGAUUCCCAUCGGAAAAUGCUUCUACGCCGAGGACCUCGCGCUCUGCUCGCCGCACAGCAUGGGCAAGCUCACGCUGCGGCACGAACCGGACUCAGUGCCCCUCAGCGCCGCUGCAACGUAUCAGGUUGUGCUGGGAGCCCCCGUCUUCACGGCGUAUUCUCUGGAGGUGUCGGCACGGACAGCGCUGUUCGCGGACGAAGCCUUGCGACGGAAACGCGUCGAUGCCCUGAAGAAGCAAGAGCUGCUGCCUCGCAAGCAGGACGAGCUCCAAAAUGUCUUCUUGACGAUCCAACUGAGCGAACGCAAGAAGCGACUGGCCCGUCGUCUCGCCAUCGAAGCGAAAGACCAAGCGCGCGCUGCGGAGCUGGAGCUGCUGCGAAAUAACCAAAAACUUGAGCGCGACAAUGCUGAGCCCGUGCUGAGCCACGAAGAACGAAGCGCACUGCACGCGGUAAUCCGAGCCGCGAACAAAACGUUCACUCACUGCUGCUUCCUCUUCUCCAAGCGCGAGGAAGAAGUGCGCGACAUCGAACAGAGUCUGCGAGAGCUCACGAGGAUCCAUGUGGACGUACUGGAAGACUGCGAGAAGAUGGAGCAGUUGCUCGCCGAGUACCGCACGUACUUGCCCCCCAUUGCCGCUUUGCUGUCGGGAGAGCGGGAUAUGACAGUCGGAGACGCUGCAGCAGCCAAACUCGCCCGGGAGCUCAACAUCGAGUACGUCAACAAGAACGGCACGAAGUCAUCCAAGGUGCGCUGGGCCGAGCUGUCUGCCAUGAAGGCCAAGCUGCCGUCAAUGAUGACACCCGCGGAGCGACUUCGACGCAAGUACAAGAAGGGACGAGACUCGCUGGACAAGAAGGAGCGCGAGUGGAUUCUGCUCGAUCGUAUCCUUCAUCCACGCUUGUAUCGCUGGGAAGACGACAAGCACGGCGGGGCUGCUGACGGAGGCUACACAAACGCGCCGGGGGUGAAGCUCAAGCUCCAUGGCGCAUACCCGAAGCUCUCCAAAGACGAAGAACAACUCGCUGCUCUCUCGCAGAUGGAGGUGGAACGGAUCAUGAAAGCGCCCUGGAAUCUGCUGGAGCGGAAGGAGAUCCUGAUCCGCAAGAUCGUCACGCGGUUCCGCGAUGAUCAUGGAGGCAAUUCCAAGCGCAAACCGAACCAGCAGGGGGUGACCAUGGUGACGCUACUGCGGGGUCAGAAGUCAACAGAGCUGACUCGGGAGGAGCGCGAGUGGCGCUUGUACGAUCAACUGCUGAAUCCGAUGUACUACCCGGUGAACUUCAAGCGACUGGCGAAAGAGAUCGCGGACGCUGUUGCGAUUCCAGGAGGGCUCGAAGAAGUCACGAUCUCGCCCAAGAUCACGAGAGAGGAUCUUGUCAUGGCCAUCAACACUCCAGAGGAGGAACUGUACAAACUGCCGAGUGACUUGCUCCGAGGACGCACGUUGCUGCUCAAAUAUGAUCCGCAGCUCACCACGAACUUCAUCAGUGCUGCGCGGAUACAACAGCAGAACCAGGACUCUCAAGCGGCAACUGACGUGGUAGAGGUAGACGUCGACGCGCGGUGCCGCCUCGUGUUUCAGGAGCUUCAGCGCGCUAUCGCCAACACGCGCAACGAGUUCAUGGACUCGUACGUUCUUCACUCGACGUUGCAGCGAUUCCCCACCAAAGUGCUACGACUCGAACUCGAGAAGGACUUGGACCGGUUGCUCAUUUCCCAGAUCAAGGAGAAGGAAGACUUCGAGCUGGCCAACUUCCUCGCCAAGAAGGACGUUCCAGACGCCACAGAAAACCCCGUCUCCGAUUCAGACAGCGACGAAGAAGCCGUGAUAGCUCGCGAAGUGGAAGCGCGGCGUAAGGCAAAGGAAGACGCCAAACAAGGACCGAAAGUCCGUGGUAAGGCGCUGAAGAUGAAGUCGCUCCAGAAGCAGCGCCGAGAGAUCAAGAACGCGCUUCAGGGGAAAAGUCUUGAGGAGCAGCGGAUGAUCCUACGAGAGCAGGAGCUGGGGCCCGGUGGAUGCACUGCGUGCUGGACGAAUCCUUGUACUUGGAAACCCUUCUUGGAGGAGUCACACGUGACCAUCCAAGAGCGCGUCGAAGUCAUCCGCGAAGAGCUCGAGCACGUGAAGCACUGCCCAGAUCUGACAAUCACAUCCAGCGUCUGCAUGGCCGCGGUGAAGUCCGGUAGCCACGCCAUCACACUACGCAAGAGCGACUUGUUCGACGAGCUCACGUCUGAGGUGAGGAUCUGGGAGAAGAACCUGCGGUUAAAAGCAGUGGACGAGGAAUUCCACGAGACCUUCCGCUCCAAGAACGAGUUCUUCGAGACGCAGGCGCUCCACGGGUUCCGGCAAAUCCAGCACAAGAACAAAGUGCAGAUAGCACUGCAGCGCGAGCACAACGUGCUGGUGGCGCAUCUCACUGCGUACGAAGUGGUGGAGGACGUGCUUGAAUCGAUGCUGGAAGGAUGGAUCUUCGGCGAACGCGAGUCCGAACGACAAGUGCUCGGAUACGUCCCGAGUCUGAAGCGCGAGGGGCCGUUAACCAUGCAGGACCUCCGUCGCUUUGAGCAGGACCGUCGUAUUCUGCAAGUCCGACAGGAUAUCCGCGAGGAGCAACUACAGAACGCACAAGGGCUGCCGUCAGACAAGUGGGAACCCAUUGAGGUCGAAGCAUUCCAGGUGAAUCUCACCAAGAAAGCGGUCCAAAAGGGGUCCGAGCUGGACAAGUCACUUACCGAGACGGAGAACGCGCUGAAGUUCGGGCUGUUCUGCAUGACGCUCAUGUACUUCCGCGGUCUGUCCUUGCUCAAGAAGCAAAAGUCUGUCUGGUCCGUUUCCGCGGCUAAGCGGCGUGCUGCGGCAGAUCCUUCGAAGAGUGCAGAGCGUCUUCGGAUGGACAAGGAGAAGCACAACGUCGAGCUACGAGCUCGCAAGGCUGCUCUCUACGACGAGAAGGCACGCAUCGGCCAAGCUCGCAAGCAGAAGUACCAGGAACAGAAGUUGGCGGCUUACAGGAAGCGCUUGGUGGACGAAAACCGCAAGGCCAAGAGAGAGAAGAGCGCGGCCAUCAACAUCCAGCGUGUGUACCGCGGCCACCUCGGCAAAAUCGCUGGCAGAAAGUGGAUGCUGCGUCGUCGCGAGAUCGAUGCUCAACGAGCUCUGGAUCAUGCAGCCGCCAUCACCUUGCAGCGCGCAUACCGUGGUCGACUGGGUCGCAUUGCUGCCGAAGAUCAGCGCGUAGAGCUCGCCGAGUUCAUUUCUCAGAUCCGUGCUGAGGAGGCGAUCGACGAAGAAGAAGAGUACUGGAACAACCACAAGAUCGAGCGCAUGGCCCGUAAGGUCGCCGCCUUCGUCAAGAAAGAGGCCUAG